AGUGGAAGCACGAAUCGUGUUUUAGCAUUGGACAUAGAAGAAGAAGAGAACGGUUCUAUCAUGAUGCAGAAGAGGAGACAUCUCAAGCCUUAUACAGUUUUUCAAGGAGGCUCGACAUGCAGCACAUGAAUCCCUGUCUGGGGAAGGCACGUGAUUUUCUCAAAAAAGAAACAGAGGGAACAUCGACAAUAAAAGAUGAAUUUUCAUACAAAGAGGAGCUGUUAAGUUUGAUGAGGAUAAGGGAUUUUAUAAGCCUGUUGUUGACUUACCCAGUCAAAUUCGAAGAGGAAGGUAUAUUAAAGGCUUGGACUAAUGCAUUUUCUGAAUGGAAAGCACAGUUAUUGUCAAAUGAUGACGAUGCAAUGGUUAAAAAACCAUGGCGGGUAUUGACCGAGAGGGCACUAACAUUUAUCGAAGGGCUCGUGCCAGUGGAAAUAACGAGUCAAAUAAAACGUGGGGAGAGAUACAUCUUCAACCAUAAUUAUGCAGUACCAGAAUCUGUUCGUCAUUUAAGCAGUGAUCUCGCAGUAGAGCAACUGAUUCAAACUUUGUUUUCUGGAGAUGAUUAUGCACGCAGCAUGCGCCAUGUGAGGCUGUCAACCAGAAAUUUUGCUGAAAAAAUGGAUGUGGUGAACAAAAUAGCGCAAGCCUUAGAAGACAAGCACCACAGGUUUGGAAUUGAUAAGGAUUUUCCUAGAGCCCUGUGGAUCUAUGCCUCAACAUAUGAGAAUGAGAGUAAUGCAGAGGAUCGAAUUCAAGAAGAGAUCAGUUUGAUGAUGACAGAAGAGAUGGAAAGCAAAAGAAAUUUGGUGAUUCUAGUAGACAGAGAAGGUGAGAAAAAGCUAGACCUAGACCCCCAAAAAAUGUGUUUUCCCCCUGGAAUUGUGGUGUGGAUAACAACUGAAGAGGAGGGUAAUGAACUUACGAAUACAGUCACAUGCAUGAUGGAUUUGAAUAUCAGGACCCAGGAUCAUCUAUUGCCUUGGGAAGUCUCCUGUUACUAUGUGGGUAGAAUCACAAGCAGAUUUUCAUCAGGGAUCAUUCCCUUUUUGGCAUGUGAAAUAGUUGAGCUAUGUGGUGGCCAUCUUCUUGCCAUUGUUCUUGUAGCUAAGUCUCUAAAGAAUGUGGAAAAUCUUCAACAAUGGGAACGUGCCCUCCAAAAAUUAGGGAAUCCUUGCUAUGAUUAUAUUUACCAUUGGAGUGAUCGAAUUGGCAUUAGAAGAGUAAUGGUCAAUGCAUUCGUAUAUUCUGUUUGGGAAGGCAUUAACAAGACACAAAAGCUUUGCCUUGAACUCAGUUUGUUUGUUGACAAAAUCAAAAUUGGGGUGCCAAGUGAGACCUUGAUGUUUAAUUGGAUUAGUACUGAAUCAGCACACGUACAGGAAACGGCACAGCCUUUCUUCACAACUGAUUCAGAUGAUGAUGAAUUAAAAUCCACAAAAGAAGCAGAUAAUCACAUGAGAGAGUUUCUGGAUCGUUCUAUCUUGUUGCAAUGUGAAGGUAGCAGCAAUGUGCGUUUGCCGAUAGAAGUCUAUAAUAUAAUAAAAUGGUUACACAUCUUCAAUCCUUCCAUCAUAAGGUGUGGUGCAUCAGCAUUGAUAGAGCUACCCUACAUUGGACGAUGGCGUGAUCUUAUUAGAAUUGAAUUGAUGGACAACAAAAUAUGCGAGCUACCACUAUCCCCAGAUUGCCCCAAACUCAAAGUGUUAUUGUUGCAAGGCAACGUUGAUUUGAUGGAUAUCCCAGACUCAUUUUUCGACCACAUGCCUCUGCUUCUAUACUUGGACUUAUCCAACACUAGUGUAAGGAAUUUGCCUCCCUCUAUCUCCAAAUUGACAGAGCUUAAGAAACUUUAUCUCAGAGGUUGUGAUCUCUUUAUGGAACUUUCACCAAGAAUUGGACAACUGAAAAAGCUUGAGGAGCUUGAUCUUGAUGGGACUUUGAUAACAUAUCUGCCAAAAGAGAUUCGAGAAUUGAUCAACUUGCAAAGGUUGAACCUCUUCUUUGAUCGGGAACUUCGUCAUGAAAAAGGAAGCAAGCAAAUUUACAAGUCAACAAUUAUUCCUCCGGGAAUAAUAUCAAAUCUUACUCUGUUGAACUACUUAAGUAUCAAUGUUGAUCCCGAAGAUGAGCGAUGGAAUGAAAAUGUUACUAACAUUCUAGUUGAAAUUUUUGAAUUGGAGAGGUUGGAGACGGUCAAUAUAUAUAUCCCAAAGACUGAUUUAUUGGAGCUCAUACCUGCACACAAACCAAUUGAUUUUAGAUUGGUAGUUGGUCAUCACAUGCGGCGUUUCAUAUCGCGUGUAACACCCAAAGAGGAGGAAAAAUUUAAACAAUGUGACCGUAGUUUAAAAUUUGUGAAUGGCGAAAAUGUACCAAAUAGAGUGAAAAAGAAUCUUGGACGAUUCAGGGCUUUAUACUUGGACCGACAUAUGACAAUCAAGAGUCUAUCUGAAUUUGGUUUGAAGAAUUUACACAGGUUGCAAGUAUGCUUGUUGGGGGAAUGUAAUGAAAUGGAAACAAUCGUUGAUGGAAGUUACUCGUACGAUGGAUAUGCACUUCCAAAUUUGGAGUUUCUGAGUGUAUUUUAUAUGAAGAGUUUAACAAGUAUUUACAAAGGGCCUCCUCGAAUGGAUCCUUCCUUUUUACAUUCCUUGAAGUUUAUGGCACUGCACACUUGUCCCAUGUUAACUACCAUCUUCUCCUUAGAUUUUCUUGACAACCUUUCCUUAUUGGAGGAGCUCAUUGUCGUAGACUGUCCAAAAGUUACUACUCUGAUUAGUUAUAACUCAAUAAAGCAUGUCACACGUGUUUUCCUUCCUAGGCUGAGAAAUAUAUCACUUCUCUAUCUUCCUGAAUUGGUCAGUAUUUUUAAUGGAUUGCAUGUUGGAGGGGCUUUGGAAAAAAUGGGAUUUUAUUAUUGCCCAAAACUCCGAAGUCUUUCAAAGACGGAGUUGUCAAGCAAAUGUUUGACAAUCAUCAAAGGAGAAAAUAGGUGGUGGAAGUCAUUAAAAUGGAAAGAGGCUGAAUGGGGUGCUGUAGGUAGGCCUAAUUUUCUUGAUCUGAUCUUUUCCCCAAUAAAUGAUGAUACUGACAUAAUGACCCAAUUAGCUACACGUAACCACGAAGACCGGGGUUCAAAAUCCAUGGCAUGCCAAACAAAGCAGAAAAUCCCAGAAACCCAGGAAGAGGUCUUGAAUUCUACUAAGCAGGCCUUCGAAUUGGUACCAAAGCUCCAGAAGUUUGAUGUGAUAGUCGUACCUGAAAAUAAUAUGGUAAGUGGUUGUGGGGAUGUGGAAGGUUCAGAUAGAUCAACGGUGCCUGAAGGAGAAAUGCAAGGAAUAGAAUCAUCACCCUCGCGACCAAGCAAACGCAAGAAUAAUGAUGAGGAGAGAAAGAUAUUGGUUUGCGCACCGGUUGGAAGCACAGAGAUACCUCCGGAGGAUGGUUUCCCUUGGAGAAAAUAUGGCCAAAAACAGAUACUUGGUUACAAGUUCCCAAGGAACUACUACAGGUGCAUCUACCGAUAUAAAUGUGAGUGUCUAGCCCGGAAGCUGGUACAACGACUUGACGAUGAUCCUAACAUGUUUGAAGUAACAUACCGAGGUGAACAUACCUGUCACGCGUUAUCAACAUCAGCAUCAUUUCCAUUAAUUACCACAAAGUUAGGUAAUAUCUCAAAGGACAUGACUCAAACUCAAAGCACCAGUUCUCAAGAACCAUUUAAGAGAGAUUGUCCACAGCAACAGUGACGGUGUUGAUUCCCCUACUUCAAAAUGUGGUACUGAUUAUUUGGGGACUAAUAUGGCUGGUGAGGUGCUCAGCCUAGAUAACAACAUAGAAUCUCUCUUUCCUCCAACUAUAGAUGAAGGGGAAAUAGAUGAUGAGAUGGGAAGCUGAAAAAAUUGUAAUUAAUUUUAACUAUAAUUCACUUUCCAAGGAUUUUCCCUUAUUAAUUUAUAGAUAUACCAUGGCUUAACAAGUAGGUCAGUGUUUAUGCUAUAUAUGUUUGUGUUUAAUACUUGACCAAUACAUAAAAGAGAUAAACAAAGUUGGGGUUUACAAUUUUUUU